CGACACAAAGAUAAACUUUAGAGCGUAGAAGGAAGUAAGACAGUUAAAGUGUUUUAUUGUUCUAUUUGGAUAUCACUUGGUGUUUAUAUACUAAUAUAUAAUUUGGCAACGUAGUUAAUCAAAAAUAUAUAAUUUUCUAUAAGUUUAUUUUUUAUGUAAAAGAUAUUGAAAGUAUAUAUUAAACUUAGAAACAGUGGUUUUCAAAUCGAAAGUAGAGACAGGUUCAAACACAACAUCACAAUGGCUUCUAGAAUAUUUCGGGAUUCAAACAAAGACAAUGCUGGUGACUUCAUUGGCGAAAGUGCUGUGACACAAUCAUGUGAACCUUGUAUGAAAACCAACAUAUCAAAAACUGCUACGGUUUUCUGCAAGGAUUGUGAUGAAUACCUGUGCGAUACGUGCAAAAAUCCGCACACCGUCUAUAAACCAGGUCAGCAUAACAUUAUCAAUGUACAGGACAAUACAUCUGCGCCCGUUAUAAUCGACAUGAAAGGAAUGGACAAGUGCCAUGAGCAUGCACGAAAAAUAGUGUUUUUCUGCCAGGAUCAUUCUAAGCUUUGCUGCCUUUCAUGUGUACAUAUUCACAGGAAAUGUGACCAAUUGGAUGAAAUAGCUCAAGUAUCCAGACAAACACGACCCGACCUGCAAGCAAUAAAACAAUCAUUGAUAAAAUUGCGAACUGAGGCUGACGCUAUUAUAGCGGAGUGUAAGCAGUCGGAGACUGGCUUAAAUGAGUCCAUAGCAAAGAUUUCUGCGGAGGUGGAUACAAUGAAAGAUCGUAUCAUACAACUAUUUGAAGAAGCAAAGCAGAAAUUAAUAAGUGAGGCAAUACAGUUUCAAACUGCAAAAGUCAAACGAAUCGGGAAUCAAUGUGACGCCUCGCUCAAAGUUAAGGAAGAACUAAACAAUGUAUUGUCGAUGUUUUGUUUCGUUAUAGAACGCGGAACGCCCAGUCAACAGUAUAUUUAUUCAGAACAAAUGAAGGAGAAACGGAAAACUAUCGAAUCAACUAUAGAUGAACAAAGAAAGAUUACAUUCUCAUCAACAAUGACAGUGUCUUUUCCAAAACAGGUUACUUCACUUCUUGAGAUGGGAAGCAAUUCUAUAAAACUGAAUUAUGAUGGCUACAAGACAGUGGACAACAGUAGCAUCAGCUUGUCGUCCCCACCAUGGCCUGUCACCCUGGAGUUGCUUGUAUCCGUGGAUCUACCCAAGACUGGAGAUAAUGUAAAGGAGCCUUUCCUCACUGGACUGGACUUCCUGCAUGAUGGGAGACUGGUUGCCGUAGAUAACUUUAACUGGAGAUGUAUCAUACUGAAUGAGCGACUACAGAGACUUGGAACACCGUACAAGUUCAAGUAUCACCCAUACAGCGUAGUAUGUGUGUCUCAUGAUACACUGUGUGUAACGUGGGCUGGUAAAGCAGUAUGUCUCCUGUCUGUGAGUACAGACAAUACCAUCACACUGACCAGGAAGAUCAAAACAUCAUCCAAGUUCAGAUCUAUAUGUUGCAUGUCUCCGUCUAACAUGGUCGUGAGUACGUACGAGGAUCCCCGCCAUGCUAGAAUAAUAUCAAUGGACGGGGUAGAGUCAGAUUUCGAUCACUCCCUGACGUUUCCUAUGAAGACGUACAAACCAGAUGAGAGUAACUGCACGUAUGUCCAGUCUAAGAACACGUUAGUACUGACUGACCAACUCGCUCACACAGUGUACAUGUACGACACCGUGAAUGGCACAUCUAGAGCAGUCACUAAUGAGAACAUACAGGAACCUCGUGGUGCCUGUGUAGGGCCUGGUGACACGGUGCUGGUGUGUAGUGAGAAUAACAACUCAAUCGUUCACCUGAGUGUUGAUGGAAACAUUCUCGGUACCUACCCAGUGAAUAUGAAGCUUCCAUCCAGCAUAUGUGUGUCUAAGGAUGGUACUAGGCUGGCAGUGUCCAACAGAUUAAAAGGCAUCAAGAAACUUCACGUGUAUAAGAUAUCACCGGUCAUGAGUUAGAUGACUAGUAAGAUGUUAUUCAUGUGAUCAGGCUUUAUACACAAUUAUUUAAUAUUGAUUUUCGUGAAUUGAUAUGGUUAAAUCAACUCGUAAUACUAUUAUGUUCAAAGAAAAUUGAAUAGUGUUGUUAUAAGGUUUUAUCGUUGAAGAAUUUCGAAAUAUUUCGAACUAGCUAUGUAUUUUGUAUUUGUUAUUAUGUAAAAUGUGUCUUUAUACUUAACUUCAAGAAAUGUAACAUUGUAUAUUUGAAUGAUUUUAAAUGUAUUGUGUAUAUAAUGCUAUUUAUAUUUGCCUUUCAUGCAACUUAACCGGUGUGUACUGUAGUUAGUCGCGUUAAGUAUUUCUAAAUGAAUGUUGUUGUUUUUUUAAAACAUUACUAUGCAUAUAUUUUCUUAAAGGGUCCGUCCAACAGAUUUUGGAAUGUAUUGAAGCAUGUCAUUAAAUGCUUUAUAUUGAUAAAUUUAAGCAUUUAACCUAAAAAUCUCCAGUAAAAAAACCAAGAAUACAAUUAUAAAAAAAGGAAAAAAUAACCCUCAACAGGACUCGAACCACUGACCCCUGGAGUUCUGGAGUAAAAAUUCUUCCGCAUUGACCACUCUAGUACUCUACCAUCCAUGCUCAUGCUUAAAGCGGAUGUAUUUAUUACCUUAUAUAUAAUCAAUCCUCAUAGUUUCCCAAAAUAUAACUACAACAACAGAACUUUCCAAAUUAUUCAAUCGUUUCGCGUCGCACGACGCUUAAUAAUUUUCAGGUUUUCAAAUCGUCACAAGAUGCAUAUAAUAGAUAUUUAAGAGCAUGGUAAAUGGUCAGUAUUACUAUUUCCUCAAAAAUAUCAUAACAAAAACGAAAAUUUGCGAAUCUGAAACACCUUUUUAUAAUUUUGUCAACUUACCAAUCUGUUGGACGGCCGCUUUAAUACCAUGAAAGAAAUUGUGCGUUCUCUCAAAAAACUUUUUUAAUUUGAGCAUGAUUCAACCGGGGCGUCAAAAUACAAAAUGUGGGGACUAUACAUUAAUUAAAAGACAAAGAAACAAGAGCCAGGAUUCUGACAUGUUUCACUGCCAAAUGUCCUUUUUAAGAUCAUCUACACAUUAAGGUCAUUCAAUUGAGAAAGAUUAAGCGAGAUCAACCCAGUUUUUAAAAGGAGUUUCAAAAACAGUAUUUUGGGACUACAUAUUCUAUUCAGGAAAAACAUAUACAUGGGGCAAAUAUUCUGCCAAACUCGCCGCAGCCAAUUUUUUGCGAAGUUGUGUGCGAUCUACACAUCAAGGUCAGUCAACUAAGAAGUUUUUAACGGGAUUCAUUCGUUAGCUGAAGGGGAGGUGUACACACAUAAGUUUGUGGCUAUAUAUACAAUUUUGAAAAGAAAGUCAGACAAAUGAUCAUGAUUUAGCCAAAUAUUGUCACGGCGAACAUUCUUUUCUUAAAGAUUAUCCACAUAUAAGGAUAAUUCAAGUUAUAUCUAAAUUCAAUAAAUUAAACAUUUAUCGUCAAAAUUGUCGAGAAAAUCUGACAUAAGUGUCUUGGACAUCUUAUUUGCGUUGUAUUGAAUGUUGAGCUUUUUUCCGCAAUGCUCCUAUGAAAGUUUUAGUAUGUUACAGCUUUAUAUCGAGCAUCAUUUGAUACUAUCCUAUCAAACACUUUUUAUACAUGCACAUUUGCCAUGUACGCGGGGGAAACUGUGUGCUAUCACAAAGUGACCUGGUAUCACAGAAAGUGAGCUGAGUUAAUUAAGGUAUCAUACCUUUUCAAGACUAAUUAAUAUCGGGUCUGCGUCUUCAACGUAAGUCAGUUGUAGCAUACACAAUUAUGUUGUGUUCAAUAAACGUAUAAUAUGUCCCCUGUGGAAGAAUUUAAAGAAUUGAUUCAUUGGUCCAUCUAAAUAAGUAUUAUGUCAAACGUAGGUCGAAACUUGUCAUUUUAUGUUGACCAAGAAUUUCGACCUUCUGAAAGGGUUAAAGUCCAAAAGCCAAUGUAAAGGUCACGAUAAAAUAAGGUGAUGAAGUGUGUUGAACGUUUUGAAAGACAUAAUCCAUGCAAGUGUCUCAGCUUUGUAGUCAUACAUAUAUCCCACCUGUUAAUUCAAAAGUUUUAAUUGAUAAAGAUUUUGAUUUUUUUGAUGAAAUAGAAAAAGGAAUUGAAAAGUACGGGUUGUUAUGUAAAACAUGUAUCACUGGUGAUCUUAAUGCUAGGCCAGGUGAUUUAACAGAUAUCUUAAAAUUCGACAAACAUUUUGACUCUUUAGAAUUAACAAACACAGAAAAUACAAACGAUAUUAUAUCGAUCGUACGAAAUAAUCCAGACAAAGUCAUUGAUAGCAAUGGCAAAAAAUUAAUUAACUUAUGUAAAUCCACUAACCACAUAGUUAUAAAUGGUCGUCUAAACAGACAACAAGAAAACCAGUUCACAUUUUCCUCAACACGUGGCUUGAGUGUAACUAAUUACCUAAUUAUAAAUGCGAACGAUGUUGAAAGCAUAAGCGAAUUUGAAAUACUCGACUGGACGUGUUUUUCCGAUCAUGCGUCCAUUCAUUUCUCGUUUAAAUGUAUCACAAGAAACAAAGAUAAACAACCCGUAAGCACAGAAAGGACUAAAAUUGUGUUCAAUACGAGUCUGGUAGAGCAAUUCCAAACCUCCCUUAACGAAAAUACAAAUAUACUAACCAACACUCACGAAAAUAUAAAUGACGAAAUAAAAUGUAUCACAGAUCUCAUAUAUAACAAUACGGUCAGAGUAUUUGGCAAAACUAUUAAUCGAAAUGAGCAUUAUAAAAAUGAAAAUAAAAAACAGUCUCCGAAAUGGUUUGACAGUAAUUGUUAUGUAACAAAGAAUAAUUUCAAACGAGCGAGAAACAGAUUCAACAAAUCAAAAACAGAUGAAAAUAGACAUCAUUUCGUAAAAAAAGCGCACUCUAUACAAUAAAACAAGAUAAAAAGCAAAAGCGAAAUACAAAAACGUGGAAGGAAAAAAGCUUGAAAAUACCGCAUCAACAAAUCCAAAACACUUCUGGAAAUCUCUCGAACAGUGCUAUAAGCAGAGCUCAAACACCAAUAAUAGUACAAAACUAGAUGAUCUAUACGCACACUUCAAUCAAUUAUUAGGUACAGAUCCUACCGAAAUAAACGCUAACUUAGAUUUCGAUGAAAUAACUGACAAUGAAUUAGAUGGAGAAUUCACUUUAGAUGAAUUAAAAUCAGCCGUUUUCAAGCAAAAAAAAAACAAGUCAUGCGGCCCGGAUAAUAUAAGCGCAGAGAUAAUUAAAUCGUCUUUUGACAUAUUAGCACCGCAAUUUCUUUCAAUAUACAAUAAGCUAUGUAGAAAUGCUGAAUAUCCUGAAAGCUGGGGACUUGGAUACAUAGUUCCAAUAUUUAAGGGUGGAAAGCCAAACGAAGCUAAAAACUACAGAGUUAUAACUUUAAAUAAUAUUUUAGCCAAAAUAUAUUCGCAACUACUUCUUAAUCGUCUUACAAAGUGGACAAACAAACAUGAUAAAAUUAUCAACUGCCAAUUCGGAUAUCAAAAAGAAAAAAGCACAUCAGACUGUAUUUUUAUACUCCAUGCAAUAAUAUGAAAAGUGAUUAAUUCAGGUAAAAAAUUAUAUAAUUUUUUAUUGAUUAUCAACAAUGUUAUGAUAAAAUCGAUCAUACACUACUAUGGCAAAAAUUAAUGACAAAAAAUAUAAGCUCCAAAAUGGUUAACGCCUUAAGAGCCAUGUAUAGUGUCGUUAAAUCAAUAAUUAAGUUUAAUCAAACAUUGUCAGACCCCAUCAGUAUUCAACAAGGCGUGAAACAAGGCGACGCCAGCUCAUCUUUGUUGUUCAUGAUGUUCGUAAAUGAUAUACUAUAACACAUUGACACGAACAUAGAUGACUUAUUCACCAUAAACGAGUUAAAACUCUUUCUAAUAUUAUACGCUGACGACCAAAUUCUUUUCGCAACCUCACAAGUAGCGCUGCAAAAGAUGUUAACCAACAUAGAAACGUACUGUAACACGUGGAAAUUAAAAAUCAAUACAGCCAAAACAAAAGUUUUAAUUUUUGAAAAAAAGGAACCAGAUAUACUGAUAUCGAUAUUUUCAUUUACGGUGAGAAACUCGAAGUCGUAACUUCCUUUCAGUUAUAACAGAACACAAAAAUGUAUAGCAGAGCACGCUUCUAAGCCAGUGCAUCGGUUAUUCUCUAUCUUCAAUAAAUACGAUUUCAGUGCAAAAAGCAAACUGAAACUUUUAGAUAUUUUAGUUGCAUCAGUCUUAAACUACUCAUCCGAAAUAUGGCGAACAACGCGAACAACCGAUAUUGAAGCCGUUCACACGAAGUUCCUAAGGAAGAUAUUAUGCGUUAAUCAGUCAACUAAUCUCAGCGCCCUGUACGGUGAAUUAGGACGAAUUCCUUUCAAAGAAAUACAAAAAAGAAAUAUUGUCAAGUACUGGUUUAAACUACUAUCGUCAAAUUAAAGCAGCGUGAUACGACGUAUAUACAACAUGUUAAAAAACGAUGCAAAUAACGGUAAUACUAAGGACAAUGGAUAUUUAUUCACAAACAUGGCAUAGCGAAGUGAUAAAUUCCCCACGUCUCUCAUCGUAUUGCCUAUUUAAAAACCAUUUUACACUUGAAUCAUAUUUAGAUAAAGUAAUUGAAACAAAAUAUAGAAUCGCACUUAGUAGGUUCCGCUUAUCAUCCCAUAAUCUCGAAAUAGAAAGGGGCGGUACAAUAUAAUAUCGAACGAGAAAAUCGGAAGUGUAAAUUAUGCACCAUGAACGUAAUAGAAAAUGAAUAUCAUUUCCUACUAGUAUGUCCAAUAUAUGCACACCUACGAAAAAAACUUAUUAAACCGCACUACUGCAGAUGGCCAACAAUAAAUAAAUUUGCAUGAUUAAUGUCCAGCAAAAGUAAAACUGAAAUGAUAAGUACUGCGAAGUUUAUUUACGAAGCAAAUAACUUAAGACAACAUCUCGAUUCGUAAUUUCUAUAUUUAAUCAGUAAUCAAUAAGUAAUCUUGAUGUUAAUGGUAAAAUUGAAACAUAAACAUGCUAGGAAUGUGUACCUUGUGUGUUUUUGCCAUCACUUAAAAAUAUAUAAUUAAUGCUCAUUUUCAAAUGUGAGGGCUAUGAACCUGUGUAGGCUUUAUUGAUGAAUAACUGUAUGUUGUUGCUGUUUUUUACUCACAUAUGUAUAAUAAAUGCUCAUUUUCAUAUGUGAAGACUAUAAACUUGUAUAGGCAUAAUAGAUGAAUACAUGUUGUUGUUUGUUGUAUUCUUGCAUAUAUUAAAUUAAUGCUCAUUUUCAUAUGCGAGGGCUAUGAACUCGUAUUAGCUUCAUUGAUAAAUUGAUGUUGUUGUUGUCGUUGUAUAUAUCUCAUAACAUACACAAAAAGAAUUGUAUUAUAAUAUGACGAAACAGUGCAUUACGUUAUUUACUUAAAUGUUUAAAGUAAUUUAUUUAAAAUAUUCCACGUAGAUAAGAUUCUUAAAAUUGUAUUUCAGACAUGCCCACAUAUAACAUUCGUAUGCACAAAUGUUUAUUUCUCCAAAUAAUAGUGAAAAUUCUUCCAGUCGUCUGUCUUGUAAGUCAUUAGUAAAUAUAAGAUGUGCAGUUGCAAUAUCAGAUGCAAUUAUGUAUUCUCUUCAUAACUAACCAUGUUAACCAGUUCAUAACACCAUCGUCCAAUUUCUAUCUUCUUCCAUUACUUAUAAAUUGUAUAAUGCAUAUAUAAUGUAGGCUAUGAGCUUGUAUAAGCUUUACUGCUGAAUAAAUGUUGUUGAUGUU